AUGGGUAUAGAUCCAGCUACAUUUUCAUGGGCAUUAAUGGACAAUGCCGCAAGCAUUGCAAAAGAACUUAGUUCAUAUCAACUCGCACUAUUUGAUGCACCCAAUGGAAGCACUGAUAUUUUAGACGCAAAGCAAAUAUUAAGUAGUGCAUUUGACAAGUUGAUAAAAAGUGGAAAGGUUAAAGCCGGUAGUUCUACGGCUUGUAUUCUUUCAUUAUCAAAAACCUCCGGUAUUUUGAAUGCAGCCACAUUAGGCGAUUCAGCGUAUCUUCUCAUUCGUAACGGACAACUUUUAUAUGAGUCACCGUCACAACAACAUUUCUUUAACUGCCCAUAUCAAUUAACUAUCGUUCCCGAAGAUUUUCCAAAUCAAAAACUCUAUUUCAAAGAUAGACCUAGCGAUGCUUAUCAGGCUAGUCAUCAACUUCAAGAUGGGGAUGUUAUUCUGUUAGCCACCGAUGGCUUCUUUGAUAAUGUAUUUACCGAAGAAGCAGUUUCUAUUGUAAACAAGGAACUCCGAGAUGUUAUUGGCCGUGAUAGGAAAAUGUGGGGCAAUGAUAUUGAAGAACUUAGAUCUCAUGUUAGAAGAUUGUCAAGAACAUUGACAAAUACAGCAAGACGUUGCUCCAUGGAUCCUAAGAGAGUAAGUCCUUUCUCUCAGAGUGCAAAGAAAAGUGGAGAAAGUCGUAUUGGAGG